AGUGCCGGUAGUGGUGGCGUGGAGGUAAAACAGCCGUCUCUCCCGCACGUUUUGCCGUCGACUGUCCCUCGUCAUCGAUCUUCGUCAACGCCGCGCCGGGACGAACGAUCGUUGCCGCUGCUCACGUCUAAACGCAAUACGUUUUCGUUUUGCGCCAAACACGUGUAGUCGAGGCCGCCGUUUCGCCCUUCUUUACGGACUUUCGGCUGUAGUUCUAUUGCUCGUAUCGUGCCGACGACGAUGGCCGUAGACUACCUGUUCGAUCCGCGAACGCUGGCAGCCGCCACCGCCGCCGACGACACGGCUCGACCCGACCAACUGUCGGUUGACGACGGUAACUGCAAAUACCGAUUGAGGCCCCUGUGCUUGACGGACUUCGAACGUGGAUACGUGGACUUGUUGUCUCAACUGACCGUGACGGGAAGCGUCACUCAGCAGAUGUAUUCGAACACUUUUGAAGUGAUGAAGAACAACAGCGGUACAUAUUACAUAAUCGUUGUCGAGGAUACUGAGGAAAACUGCAUAGUGGCGUCCGGUUCCCUGACUAUUGAAAAAAAAUUCAUACACCUCUGUGGACAACGCGGUAGAAUUGAAGACAUUGUUGUCAACUCUAACUGCAGAGGACAACGAUUUGGAAAAAUUGUUGUUCAACGUCUGAUUGCUCUGUCACGUGUCCUAAAUUGUUACAAGAUUUCAUUGGAGUGUAAAGAUAGUAAUGUUAAUUGGUAUAGCUCAAUGGGUUUUGUGAAAGAACCGGGAAACUCAAAUUACAUGCAGAUUAAGUUUGAGAAACCAUCGCAUUAAACUUUGUUAUUUAUCAAAAACAGUAAUGUUUACUAUUAAUAUACGAUGUUAAUUUUUGAAAAAUACAAUUUAUAUAAUGUUUUAUAUUUGAAAAGCAAGAAUUUACAAUUGAUUUAUUUGAAAGAUCUUGCAUAAUUUGUUUUAUUGUAUUUUGUUAUACCUAACUCCAAUAUCCAAUAUACAAUGUAAAUUACUAUAAUAUGUAUUGCGUUGUAUGUGUAAUGUAUUUUUUUUUUAAUUCCAAUGUUUAAUUUGAUUUUAAAUUUCUUUUUUUACCCUGAAUUUCUGUAUUUUUUGUUUUAAUUGAGUAAAAUUUGAUUGGUG